AUGGGGAAGAAGCGGACCCAUGACGAGACGAAAGAUGGCCCUGCGCGGCCGCCCCCGGACAAGAGCCGGUUGAGCGCGAAACACGACAGGAAGGACGCGCGCAAGAACGGCGACGCAAAGUCGCGCCAAAAUUUGCUCUUCACACCGCAGCCCGAAUGGCACGCCGUCACCCUGCCCCAACUGCCCAUUGUCGAGCACCCGACUGUACCCGCCCGUCACGUCUUGGACGAACUGCACCAAUAUGCGGAUGAGCUCCUCAUCGCCGAGGGCGACGAGUAUGGCAGCUCGCACCUGUCUAAAGACUCGUCGCACAAGUUCAUGUCCACCGUCAUGACGUCCGGUACCAUGGAGGACAAGGUCUCGGCCUUGACGCUGCUGGUGCAGGAGUCGCCUUUGCAUACCACCAAGGCUUUCGAGCAGCUGCUAGGCUUGUCGCGCAAGAAGAGUAGGAACGCGGCCAUGAUGGCUCUCGCAGCGCUCAAGGAUCUUAUGGGUCAGGGCGUUGUGCUGCCUCCGGACCGAAAACUGAAAGCUUUUGCGCGCCAGCCCGGCCUGAUCUCAGCGCUGCAGGGCAAGUCGGCUACCUGGAAGUACGGCGAGCGGCUGCCGGGGCAGGUGCAGAAAAUUCAUCUCAUCGCAUGGGCGUACGAGGAUUGGUUGAAGAAGCAGUACUUCGAAAUGCUCAAGGUCAUCGAAGGAUGGUCCAAUGAUGAGGUCGAAUUUUCGCGCAACCGUGCAGUCACUAUGGUCUGGGAACUGUUGAAAGAGAAGCCAGAACAAGAAGAGAAUUUGCUCCGGUUGCUCAUCAACAAGUUGGGGGACAAGGAAAAGAAGGUUGCAUCGCGAGCCUCGUAUCUGCUCCUGCAGCUGCAGAUCACCCACCCUGCGAUGAAGAGCGUCAUCAUUGGUUCCAUCGAGUCUGAUCUGUUGUUCCGACCGAACCAAAGCGGUACUGCCAAAUACUACGGAGUCAUCACGAUGAACCAGACUGUCUUGAGCGCUCGCGAACAGGACGUGGCGAACAAGUUGCUAGAGAUCUACUUCAGUCUUUUCGUGGGUCUUCUCAAACAGCAGAAGGAGCACGACAAGAAGGAAGAGGCGGUGGAAAAGCUCAAGCUGAACAAGCACGGUCUCGUCCAGGGUGGAGGAGGCAAACCUGGAAAGGCGGCUCGCAAGAAGGCUGAGAAGGCGGCGACGCAGGCCUUCAAGGUCGAUGAUGAGAACCGGGAGAAGCUGAUUUCCGCUAUUUUAACCGGAGUGAACCGCGCUUUCGCUUUCGCCAAGACGGAUGACGAGAAGUUCGGGGAACAGAUCGACACCAUCUUCCAAAUCACGCAUUCCGCCAAUUUCAACACGAGCAUCCAAGCCAUGAGUUUGAUACAACAAAUUUCUUCUACGAAGCACUUCUCUACCGAUCGUUUCUACCGCACGCUUUAUGAAUCUCUCCUUGACCCUCGUCUUAUUGACACGUCGAAACACAUCAUGUAUCUCAAUCUCCUUUAUCGCGCCCUUAAGUCCGAUCUUAGCAUCAAGCGAGUGCAAGCCUUCAUCAAGCGUCUCUUGCAGAUUAUCCAUCUACACGAGCCACCCUUCAUCUGCGGAGUUCUAUACCUGAUCAAUGAAUUGAUCAUUCAGUUCCCGAGCAUCAGGUCUAUGGUAACCGCGCCGGAGGAUAACGCUGAUGAUAGCGGCGAAGAGCAUUAUGACGAUGUACCGGAGGACGGCGAGACUGCGGCACCAAAAAAGCAAACUGAGACUAGAGGUCCUCAUUACGACGCGAGGAAGCGAGAUCCUGCGCAUGCGAAUGCCGACCUGUCCUGUCUCUGGGAGCUGCUUCCCCUGCAAGCUCACUACCACCCUUCCGUCCAUGUGCUUGCCACAAAGCUCGUCACUCAAGACCAGAUCAAGGAGAAGCCCGACCCGACUAUCUACACACUCAUGAACUUCCUCGACAAAUUCUCUUUCAGAAAUGCAAAGACCAAGGCCUCGGCUACGCAUGGAACUUCCAUUAUGCAGCCUAUGGCAGGUACUGCGAAAGCCGCUGACUACCUCAUCGCUACCCGCGAUGGAGAUAGGACGCAUGGCGCGCUCAACUCGGAACAGUUCUGGCGCAAGAAGGUCGACGAUGUCCGCGAGGACGAGGUCUUCUUCCACACGUACUUCGAGAAGGCGGGCAUGGCUAAGCAAGCGAACAAGAAGGAGAAGAAGAAGCAGAAGAAGAAGGGCGAUGAGGACGACGACGAGUCUGGAGAGGACGAGAUCUGGAAGGCGCUCGUCAACAGCCGGCCGGAGAUCGAAGGUGACGAGGACGAAGAUGAGGGCUUCAGCGACAUCAACAUGGAGGACAUGAUGAGCGAUGACGACGAAGCGGGUGGGAUCGGUAUGGACGAGGGCGUUGAGCUCAACCUUGGAAGCGAUGAUGACGAGGAUGAUGGCCCUGCACCUGGUGCAGAUGAAUCCGAUGAUGGUAUGGAUGGUUUCGACCUCGACGAUGAGGAAGCGUUCGUUGACAGCGAUGACGACAUCCCCGUCGACAUCGAUAUGGACGACGACACGGACGUCGAGGAGGCUGCGCCGUCCAAGUCCACCAAGGACAAGGAGAAGGAUGCGAAGAAGGCGAAGAAGAGGAAGCUCAAGCACCUCCCCACUUUUGCUUCGGCGGGCGAUUACGCGAAGCUUAUCGGCGGGGACGACAGCGAAUGA